AUGAACGCCCUCCUAAAUCUCCCCGUAACGCCCCUAUCCAACCCAGCAAGAGCCGCUGCCCGCUGGGAAUACCCAUGCCUUGACACGGCCAGCGAGAACACACUUGGUGGGCGAAUUCCCGUCACGGGAUCCGGUGCAUUGAAUAAGUCUGCGUAA